ACUUCUGACUUUAGCUUUCACUCCUCAUUUCUCUCUCCCCUCCCAUCUUAGUCUUAUUAGCUAGUGUUUGUUAAGUGAUCACAGGUGGUUUAAUCUGAUCAUGGCUGACUCUUCAUCAGCUUCCUACAUCCGAAUGGUGCAACAUCUGAUAGAGAAGUGCCUUCUCUUCCACAUGAACAAGGACGAGUGCGUGGAAGCCCUCUCCAAGCAUGCUAACAUUAAUCCUGUCAUCACGUCCACUGUAUGGACGGAGUUGGAGAAGGAGAACAAGGAGUUCUUCGAGGCAUACACGCGAGAGAGGGAGGAGCGUGUUUUGGAGAUGGAGGCGAUGGAAAGGGUCCAAAAGAUGCUGGCUGAGACGGCUGCCAGAGAUCCUGACGACGAGGAUUAACAGAUCGAUCCAUCCAUUGGUUCCAUUCCCGUCAUGAUCAACCCUCCAAAAUCUUCUAAAAAAAAGUCUAAAGUACCUACUCCUGCUGAAGAUGGUGGCAGCACGUCGUAAAUUCCACCACAGACCUAGGGUGGAUAUGCCCCAAAACUGUUCCAGUCUAUGGAGCGGGAGGACUUGGGUUAGGAAUGUGUCGAUCGCGACAGGUUAGCACGGUACUCUUAAUUUAAUGUAGCAAGUGGCAUCACAGGAACAAGCGGUCCAUUAUUACGUGUAAUUUUUCUGGAAUUUGCUGGUUUUUUUUCCUCUGUGGAUCGACGUUCUCCUUCUUCACUUUUUGUUUGCUUUGGAUUGAGUUGGACGUGAACGGUGCCUUCGCUUUCUUUGGAGUC